AUGACAGACAGCGAGUCUGAUAUGGGGAUUAUUCAUCUCCGGAAUCGACUUUUGGAGUUAAUGUAUAGCAGCGAGGCUGUUCUCUCUGUAGAUCAGAUCGCCCGGAUUCUCGCCGUGGACGAGUCCAGGAUUGUGCAUGAACUCAAACGUGUGAGCCAACACGAUGUGCUCUACGACCCAAUCGCUGGAACUGUGCGGGUGCAGGCACAACGCCCCUCCGACGCGGGCGUCUCCGCCGAGUUGACGGACGGCCCGCACAGUCUUCUCGCGGGGGCGGCGAGUGUGAAGGCACAUGCCGCAGCGGCCGGAGGGGCGGCAGUCGCUGCGGGGGCGGUGGAGGGCACCGUCGCGCUGAAGAACGCGGAGGGCGGCGGGAACGGCAGUGGACUGCGGUACACCGGCGGGUCUCAUUAUGUGCGGUACGGCAGUGAUGGCGGUCAUUACUUCCAGAGCCGUGGGGGCCGCGCCGUGGCCACGAAGAGUGCCCUCCGCAAGACAAAAUACCGCCGCCCUGUUGGGGCAGAAGCGGUGGGAGGUGUUGUUAGUGCUGGGGAGGAUGAGUCGACAUCACCAAAGGGACGUGUGGGGUAUGUAUGUGUGGCGGAUGAAUUUCGUCUUAGUGAACUAGAGGUAUACUACCGAUCACAGGGAUUUUAUACCAAGUUUGAUUUUGAUGUACUUCACAUUCGGUUUUCAGAUAAGGAGAUGAGUGCGAAGAGUGCACGUGGAACCACCUCAGGUACUACUACCACCUCACAUGGUAGUGGUGGUCGUGGUACGGACAAUACGAGCAGUGGGGCUAAUAAUGGUAAUACUAACACUGGUAACAAUAUGGGUGGGGAUAAUACAGUGGAAUGGAAACCAACAACAGCUGUUAAUCAUCCUCGCAAGGCUGGAUUUGAUCUUUUUGUUUUUGAAUAUGGUGCCAUUGUAUGGUGGGGUUUUGAUCAACGUUUCUUUAAGAUUGUAGAGAAUGAUUUUAUGCUUCCAAAUAGUCCAAUUGCACGGUAUAUGGUAAAUCGAUACAUGACUCAACUUGUCAGUGAAAAUUACCCUGUUUGGUGUACCUACACACUUACUCGUAAAGAAACACUAGAACCAGAUGAACACUUCAGAGAACGAUUACGUUUUGAUCAUUUUAUUAUUCCCUAUGGUCGUGGUGAUUUUGAUACAGGUAAUGUCAGUAUGCUAUGUGCCUCUCACGCCCUUGCCCAAUCUGCAAAGAUUGAUUACUUGGAACUUAAAGUGCAGGAACUCGCAGAGAGUUGUUCGCCAUUACCCCGCGAAUUACGAGAAAAGGGUCGUGCCACUAUUACAGAAAGACGAUUACUUCAACUCCGUGGUGAAGUGCUUUCAUACCGACUCAUGUUAAAGAGUGGGUCUAAUCUUAUGGAUGAACCGGAUUUUUUCUGGGAAAAUGCAUAUCUAAAGCCAGUAUUUCAGGCAACGAAGGAAUGUUUUGAAAUUGCAGAACGUGUGGAAGCAUUAGAUAAUAAACUCGACGCUGCAAAUGAAAUUCUUUCCAUGUUGGCAGAAGAGUUUUCACAACGUCAUGGGGCACGUCUGGAGUGGAUUGUGAUAUGGCUUGUCUUUGCAGAAGUUGUUAUUGGAGUCUUGGAACUACUAAUUGAUUUGAAACCUUGGUUUUACCGCAAGGUGUAA